ACUGCGCAGGCGCGCGAGGCGGGGUUCGCCGUGCGCUUGCGCAGCCUGGGCCCGGAACCGACGUGUUCGCGGAGUGUCGUGCGCGCGCGGAAGAUGGCCGAGCCGGCGUCCAAGUCGGUCCUGUUUGUAUGUCUGGGUAACAUUUGCCGGUCCCCCAUUGCAGAGGCAGUUUUCAGGAAGCUCGUGACUGAUCAGAACCUUUCUGACAAGUGGGGCAUUGACAGCGCCGCGGUUUCCAACUGGAAUGUAGGCCGGUCCCCAGACCCAAGAGCCACAAGCUGCCUGGGAAAUCAUGGCAUUAGCACAGCCCAUAGGGCACGCCAGGUUACCAAAGAGGACUUUGCCACGUUUGAUUACAUCCUGUGCAUGGACGAGAGCAAUCUGAGAGAUUUGAAUAGAAAAAGUAAUCAAGUUAAAAACUGCAAGGCUAAAAUUGAACUGCUUGGGAGCUAUGAUCCACAAAAACAACUCAUUAUUGAAGAUCCCUAUUACGGGAACGACGCAGACUUCGAGACUGUAUACCAGCAGUGUAUGCGGUGCUGCAGGGCCUUUCUGGAUAAAGCCAGCUAGGGCCUCUCGAGGGGCCUUCGUCUGUCUUCCAUUGAUUGUUUCUAUUAAGAAUAAUUGUUGAUGGAAAACAAUUGUACAUGCAGAAGAAUAAAUAAAAAUCCGAAAGUCUUCCCUUUUGCCCCAUUUGCCAACAGGCACCACAGCCCAGAACAAGUGUGGUAGUGAAAUGUGACUCCCCAGCCAGCGCAGGGCCGGCGGUGGGUUUGGGAGGCUGCUCUGCUGGUCCAGCUGUUCCCUCCUUCCCCACAGCCCCCAUGGAUCUGCCCUGAGAGCAGAGUUUUGGUUCACACACCUGAGUGCACAUGUGUGUGCUGGGAGGACAGGAAAGACACAAUGGGCUUAUUGAGUCAGCACUGAUUUCUCUUUAUCUUUUGAGGAGCUCAGCUUAUUUCCUCCACUUGAGCCACUUUGUCUCUGAAAUGUAAUUAUAUCCAGAAGAGGAAAGCUUGAAUGCCAGCUCAUUUUGUGGUCUGUUUUGACAUACGCCGUUGUCUGCGUGCCACAUGCAAAUUGGUUUAGGUGGGAAAACAUUCAAAACGUUGGAAGACAAUGUAGUUGCUAUGCUAAGUAUUGGUAUACUGACAAGUAUUUCCUUGGUAGCUUUUAAUCAAUGUAUAAAAGUGUAGGUUGUUUCUGUCCUUCAGAUAACUAAUCCCAAACUUACAUGGUUGUAUGCCAGAAAGGAUUGUGUUCAAAAUAAACUGGGGAGUUACAGAAA